ACACAAACACUCAGUUCCGCCUCUUUUGCGCUCCACACGGACUGUUUACCUGCAUGCAACCAAAGCCCGCUGCAACGUGAUUGGUCAAUACUCCCCGGACUACAGGCGGAAACCGGAACCUUCCUCUCCUGCAGACCCUGCAUCCAUGUGCAGAUGGUAGAAAACAGACGGAGGAGAAGAAAGAAGAUGAGAUGAGUUUGAAGUGUUUGCUGGCUAACCGAGAAGCCAACAUUUUGACAAAUGGAGGAUCGUACGUGUUAUUUAGCAGAAGAAAAAGCGACGGAGCGAAAAGAGGAAGAAGUGAAACUAAAUGUGGACAGACGACGGCAGAAAACAAUGAUCAACAUCGGUGCGGCCUUCCCCAAAUGGAAAUCUCUGAUGAGGGACAAAUGUUUUCAGAGUGACGCCGAAGUUGCCUGUUUUCUGCUGCACAGCUAUGCGAGAGGUUCUGCAGCAUCGACUCCCAUGAAGGGAAAACCUGUUCAACUCACAGCUCCAGCAGUGUCUAGCAUUGGUGCUUCUGAAAGGAUGGACAGCUUAUAUGACAUCAGCAUGAAUGAGAAGCUCUGUGUUUUCAAUAACCCCUUGAACAGUGUAAUUGAUUGGACAGAUGAAGGCCCCCCUUCCUUUCAUGAAAAAGAUGAUGGAGAUAAAGAUGACAGCUCUGAUGAAGAGGAUCUUCCACCCAUUUGUAUACGAAUGGGUGGAGCAUUAAAGAAAGCACCAUCGAUCGAUCGACUUCCAGUUAUUGGAACGGGCGAGGCAGCGCAUGACCAGCCUGCACGUGAAGACCCUCCUGAUGAGGCUUCUCCCUGUGAUCAGGACCCUGUUUUCCCAUCCCCACAGCAGGUCCUUUGUGAAGAUGACAUCGUUGGUGCCAGAGCUUCAACAGUAUACGAGGACUGCUUGAGACAGCUGGCUACAUUUCUGAUCCUGCCUGUGAAAAAAUGUACAGGCCUUUUAAAGACUGGUGUGGUGUGUGACUGUGUUGCCCCCUUUGAGAUCAACAUCACUUCCAAGGGCACAGCAACGAGUGUCGAAUGGAUCUGUCCCAAUGGACACAGCUUGUGGAGGUGGAAUUCCCAGCCUGUAAUGAAGUGUGGGACGCAAGCUGGAGAUUUUCUCUUGUCCACCAACAUUUUGUUGUCUGGCAACGACUAUGCGAAGGUCGCCCUCUUGUUCAAGUUCAUGAACAUGGGGAUGGUGAAGAAGAACACCUUCGUGUCCAUUCAGGACGCUUACUGUGUGGACACAGUGAAGAGCUUCUGGGAAGAGAGGAGGACUGAGGCCCUCAGUGGCCUUCAGGGGAAAGAUGUUGUGGUCCUAGCGGAUGGCAAAUAUGACUCACCAGGCCAUUGUGCACAUUACUGCAGCUAUGCCGCCAUGGAGAAUGACACUAAGGAGAUCAUUCAUGUUGCCACCAUCAACAAGCAGCAGACAUCCUGCAACUCUGUCGUCAUGGAGAAGGAGGGUUUUAUCGAGACUGUGGACAAGCUUACAUCAGAGAUAAAGCUUGUGGAGAUCUGCACAGGUGCUAAUGCCCAGAUCGCAGCCCUUAUGAACCCAUAUGAAGGCAGAUACAAGGAUCUUGGAAUUCAUCACAGUCUGGACAUGUGGCAUGGUGCCAAGAACCUGGUCAAAAGAAUAGCAGCUGCUGCAAAGAUGGAAGGACAGUUUGUCCUCCUCAUCUGGUUGAAAGACAUCGUAAACCAUUUCUGGUGGUGUUGUAAGAAAGCUGACACGGCCAAGACGUUUUUAGCACUAUGGAUUGGCAUCAUUCACCAUGUGUGUGAUGUUCAUACCUGGACUAAUGGAAGGUGUCAACAUGGAAGGCACCUGGAAGAAACACGUGGAAAGCCGUGGAUCCAGAAAGACUCCAGGUGCCACAAAGUUUUAGUGGACAUUGUUCUCAAUAAGCGUUGGCUGAAGGAUGUGCAUAAAUACCUGCGCUUCAGAUCAACUGCAGACCUAGAGGCUUUCCAGAAUCAUAUAUUGAUGUAUGCCAGCAAGCGCUUCACCUUCAGUCCCCCAGUUUAUGAGGCAAGAGUUCUGCUUGCUGCUCUGGACUAUAACUUCCACCGGAACCGACCAACAAUAAAAACAGCAGACGGAAAAGAGAUUUUCAGAAGGCUGCACAAGAAAAACGGCAGAAGUUACAACUUAUAUGCCCUGAAAUCUGAAAAAACGUACGCAUACAUCUCUGAGCUGCAAGCAAGGAUUGUAAAGAGGAGAAUCACAAGUGGAGUGGGGAUGCCUAGAAAGAACACAGUGUUGCCUGCAGAUGUCCAGCAGCUGUUGGUGAUUAAAGAAGAGGUUCCCCCUGAGUGGAGCCCCAGUCUGGACCAGGAGGACCCAGAGCCCCUACACAUAAAAGAAGAACAGGAGGAACUCUGGAUCAGUCAGGAGAGAGAGCAGCUUAAUGGACUGGAGGAGGCUGAUAUCACCAGGUUCCCAUUUACUGCUGUUACUGUGAAGAGUGAAGAUGAGGAAGAGAAACCUCAGUCUCCACAGCUUCAUCGAAGCCAAACUGAGGACAACAGAGAGGCAGAGCCUUCAGCCAGCAGCUCAGCCACACAGAUAAAAACAGAAACUGAUGGAGGAUCAGAACCUGCUGGGAACCUUGAUCCAGAUAGUCAUUUACAACCAGUCAGUGAUAAUGACUGGCAAGAACCUUUGUCAGAUUCUGGACCUAAAACUGAAGACAGUGGCAAUGGUUGGAAGGAGACCAGAGCACCUGAGUCAGGUGUAAAUGCUCUGAAAUAUAAGGAAACUCCUGUAAGUGAUGCAGGAUGUAAUGCUGGGAAAAGAUCCUUUAGCUGCUUAGUGUGUGGUAAACAAUAUCACCACAAUGCAUCUCUCCUGAUUCACAUGUUAAGUCAUUCAGAAAAAAGGUCCUCCAGCCGUUUGGUUAAUAAGAAAUGUUUUAGAGUAAAGCAAAAUGUAGAUUCAGAGAUGGGAGUCCACACAGGAAAUAAAUCAUAUGGCUGUAAGGUUUGUAGGAAGAGAUUUACAGAACUGGGAAAGCUGAAGACACACAUGAGAGUCCACGCAGGAGAGAAAUCAUUUAGCUGUGAUGUUUGUGGUAAAAUAUAUACCAAUAGAUCAGGUCUUAAGUACCACAUAAAAGUCCACACAGGAGAGAAACCAUUUGGCUGUGGUUUUUGUGAUAAAAGAUUUUACCGGGAGACAGAUCUUACAUUACACACGAGAGUCCACACAGGAGAAAAACCGUUUAGCUGUGGUAUUUGUGGUAAAAUAUACACUCAGAGCUCAAGUCUUAAGAACCACAUGAAAGUCCACACAGGAGAGAAAUCAUUUAGCUGUGGUAUUUGUGGUAAAAGCUUUUACCGGGAGUCGGAUCUGAAGAGACAUAUAAAAGUCCACACAGCGUAGAAACUGUUCAGUUGCAGGGUUUGUUGCAAGAUUGUGUUGGUAAGAAACACAGCAGUCUUUGUUUCAUUUUGUGUUUUUCCUCAUUGUGUAGUCUUUAACAUAUAUUUUGCUCUGUGUGGUAAGUAAACUUCAUACCCCAGCAGCAUCGGAUAUAAAACAGACUAAUGAACUCUCAUGGCUUGUUGUGGCUGAAUCCAAAUGGACAAGUGGUGUCUGCCAACAUUUAAAAGCUGCAAAGAUGAAAAUGUACCAUUCGAGCUCCACUACCUGUCUACCACAAACCUGUCACCUGUUUUAUUGGAGUUGUCUACGCCCUCUCAUAAAAGGCUGCUCCGUAUUUUUCUCCGCAAGAAAGUAAAUUCACAGCUAAAUCUAACACUGUGGUGGCCAACAAAGCCGUUGAGGCAUGUUGGUAGGCCAUUGAGUAAAUUUGUAUUCAUCUAAACUGUGUUCUUGUUGUAAAUUUGUAUUUUAUGGACCUGUUAUGAUGUCCAUUGUAAUAAAAAAUGGAGUAAUAAAAGUAAUAAACUUGAAUGUUUUCUGUCA